AUGGAGGACCACAUGAUGGGGCACAACGAGGAGAGGCAUUAUGAGUGUGACGUGUGUUGUAAGGCCUGGGAGAGCCCGAGCGAUCUGGAGAUCCACCGGCAGGGUCACACGGGCGUGAAGAGGCACCGGUGGGUGCACACGGGUGAGAAGCCCUAUGGCUGCUCUACCUGCAGCAAGACCUUUGCCCAGUUGUCGGGGCUGAGGAACCACCAGAGGUGCGACAAGGGCUUCACCUGCUCUGGCACUCUGCUGGAGCACCAGCGCACCCACACCAGCGAGCACCCCUUCACCUGUGCCCAGUGUGAGCGCUUUGCCAUGGUCUUCCAUGCCCUGUCUCACCAGCGCGUGCACACCAGUGGCCAGCCCUAUGACUGCCCAUACUGUGGUGAGGGGUUUGACAGCUCGCGGGGGUUGUGGCAGCACAGGCAGACCCACACCGGCGAGCAGCUGCUCCCACUGUGA